GUCAUUUUUACGAACAUCCAUCCAUCCAGCAUCCGGCAGACUCCUCACAAGCAUCAUCAUAGAGAUUACGAGCAACCUUUGACAGUGUUGUAUCCGCGAUGGCAGGAUCAUCGACGAAGAAGGGAGGUGUCCGAGCGAGGGCGCCGCCCGCAUUUCAACCGCUGGUCGGCCACUUCAAGCCCGGCAAGCCCUUGUCCCGGCAUCCAUCCACGACAACAAAGGGAAAAGGACCGGAUGCAGGGAUAGCAGUCAACGUAGCAGUGGCUGCGAAGGAGAAGGAGACGACAACAACAGCACCAGAGGAGUCGACACAAACGACGGCUCCCUCGCAAGAAGAGACGAUGCCACCCCCAACACGAGCCAGCACGCCUCCACCGACCCGCUGCCCAACUCGACCGCCUCGGACGCCCACGGGACCCCGAACAGCGACGCUUCCUUCUCCCGACCUGUUUGAGCCUCUGCAAAGGUCUCCUGUGUCGGUCAGGACGGAUCCCGACUCUGGAAAGAUGUUUCUGAUGCUCUCGCCGCGUAGAAGCAAUUCUCGAGCCGCGGCAGUCAAGGGAGGCAAGGCGGCGAUGCUCUCGGAGGGACAGGGGCUCGGCAUCUAUAAGGCUACAAAUAAACGUAGCACUUCUCCCGAUGAAGCGGGUGCCGACAUGGGAAGGGAGGCGAGACGAAAGAGGACCAAGUCGGCGCAGACCUAUCCAAGCGAGGAUCGACUUGCCAAUCCAUUCUUGGGGUUUUCCGUGUCGUCGUCAUCGCCGCUGCUCUCACAGACAGAGGGAGCUGCUUCCAUCGAAUGGCUGGAGCCCGUGCCAGCAGCGGCGCUGACGAGAAGAAUCAGGGGCAAUCGAAGCUUGGCUCUUCCGCGUCACCUUGCAUCGCUGUAUGCGCUGCAUGCUGCGAUCGAACAUAGCCUCGUCGUCCACCUCGCCACAGCCGGCACUGGCGGCUCGCCCAUUGACGAGUCGUCGCCCGACGGCACCGUCUCGAUUCCACACCUCAUCACCUACUCCACUCUGAGGCCGCUCGUUGAAAAGUCGUCGGGUCGCAAUCUUUCUCCCAAGGAUCUUUCGCGGCUGCUUUGGAUCUGGAGCAAGGGUGGCAAGAAGGACAUUGGCCUUACCAUGAGCGCCAAGCGAGUCGUCGAUCCGCUCCGAGGCACGAGACCGGUGUUGGACUACAGCCUUGGCAUACGUAUCGGGUCGGAGUCUUUUGAGAGCGACGACGAAGACGAUGUGCCCUUCGAUGAAGAGCCUCAACGGGCCGCAACCCCACCCCGCACUCGGUCGUUGACCAUCGAUGAGCCAACAAGCCCCAGUCCCAGCCCUCGGAAGAAGAGUAGGAACGGCGGCGUAUACCCUACUCGUACACCGCCACAGAGUCCUUCGUCAAGGAGUCUCUCUGCCUUUCCCGGGAGAACAGGUGGCACGAGAGAGCUGACUGCGGGAGCAGCCAGCCCGAAGCGAGGCAUGAACCUGGUAGCGAUGUGGAACAAAGGCAUCGAGGCGCGGAAGCGAGAAGUGCGCAAGCGCCUCGUGGAUUGGUCUCUCCGAUGCUUCGCAACGUGGCAUCGUCAGCAGAGGCAUCUCUAUGUGUCUGACUCCCGAGAGGAAGCGAGCUUAGCGGGGACAGCUGCUGGAAUCGCACCCCAGACGCCAAAGAAGAAAACGUCAGGAGGAAAGAAUGCAAUCGAAGGGUAUGGUGGUCUCUGGACGCCGGCCAAUUCUAAAGAGUCGGAUCACGUUGCGGGUCAAGGACGCAUCCUCGGUCGGGAGCAAGUGCAAGAGCACGACUCUGCCCUUCCGACUUGGAUCGACGAGUGGCCAGAAGACUUUCCGCUGGAGCGUAUCACCCCAAUCCCGUGCGCCUCCCUCCCAAGCCUGGACCUGGACUUGUCCCUCCCUGCAUCUGCUUCAUCGUCGCUGCGGGCCCUGCACAACCGCGUUGUCGCACCGUCAUCGUCCCCUGCAGCACCCACCGAAACGGCCACCACAACAAAGGCAGCCUCUUCGCAGCCCAUGUCUCUGACAGAACGUAUUCGCGCCAAGGAAGCUGCCAAGCGGGCCACUGCUGUCCAGACGCUCUUUUCCCGUCGACCAGGCAUUAUCAGCAGCAGCACGUCGUCGUCGUCUGUCUCAUCGCCUACGAUGGACGACUUUAAGCGCCGGUCGAUGCUCUCGCGCCUCUGCGACAUCUCCGAGUCCCUCUACAUGCUCUUUACGAAGUCGCGCCAGCCGCCCACAGGCGGCGCGCAGCGGAGGCUGCCGACGCUGCCGAUGGAGCAGGUCAUCAAGGCCAUCAUGUCGAGCUCCAAGGUGUCGCUCUCGGAGACAGAGGCCACCAAGGCGCUCGACCUCCUCGACGAGGUGGCGCCGGGCUUUGUCACGGUGGCGACGGUGGGCCGCGGCAAGUGGGUCAGACUGGGCAGUCGUCUGGCUGACCAAGACGGGAACGAGGAGGGAAAGGAGGAAGUGGGCGAUGGUGCGGGCGAGGAAGAGGACGAAGGGAUGGGGGAGAGCCUCUUGGAGGCCGUCAGAAGGAGGAUCCGCAGGGAGCUAGACAAUUGAGUGG